GACUCUUUAUGCCUCUACCCAUCUCUGGUGAAAUCAAAUCAAGCUCCAAACUUGAUUUGUUAUUCUGGCUGAAUAGGCUUGAUUCCUGCUGCUAUGGAAUCGAUCAUUUGAAGAAAAACAGAGAAAGCCUCUGCAAAUUCUCAUAGUAGAACAAGUUUCAAGCCAUAGAGUUUAAAGAGGCAUGAGUCAACCGAGAAUCAAGCGUUGUGUGGGAAAAUAUGAGGUGGGAAGGACUAUUGGGGAGGGGACAUUUGCUAAAGUGAAGUUUGCAAGAAAUUCUGAGACGGGAGAGCCUGUGGCACUUAAGAUCCUUGAUAAAGAGAAGGUUCUCAAGCACAAGAUGGCUGAGCAGAUCAAGCGUGAAAUAGCAACAAUGAAGUUGAUAAGACACCCAAAUGUUGUCCGUUUAUAUGAGGUAAUAGGAAGCAAGACAAAGAUAUUUAUUGUUUUGGAGUUUGUCACCGGGGGAGAGCCCUUUGACAAAAUUGUAAACCAUGGACGGAUGAGAGAAGAUGAGGCACGGAGAUACUUCCAGCAGCUCAUUAAUGCUGUUGAUUAUUGCCAUAGCAGGGGUGUUUACCAUAGGGACCUUAAGCCUGAAAAUUUGUUGUUGGAUGCUUACGAUAACCUCAAAGUUUCUGACUUUGGAUUGAGUGCAUUAUCCCAGCAAGUCAGGGAAGAUGGUCUCCUUCACACGACCUGUGGGACACCAAAUUAUGCUGCUCCUGAGGUUCUUAAUGAUAGAGGUUAUGACGGGGCGACCGCAGACCUCUGGUCAUGUGGCGUGAUACUCUUUGUGUUGCUUGCAGGUUACUUGCCUUUUGAUGAUUUUAAUCUUAUGAACUUGUAUAAGAAGAUUUCAGUGGCUGAAUUUACUUGCCCCCCUUGGCUAUCUUUUAGUGCAAUGAAAUUGAUAACUCGAAUCCUCGAUCCAAACCCGAUGACCCGCAUCACCAUUCCGGAAAUUUUGCAAGAUGAAUGGUUUAAGAAAGACUACAAACCUCCCGUGUUUGAGGAGAAAGUCGAUACGAACUUAGAUGAUGUAGAAGCUGUAUUUAAGGAUUCUGAAGUAAGUGGAUGA